AUGAAUGAUCUUUGCAAGAGCAUUCUGCAGGAGUCUGAACAGAUCAAAAUGGUGUCGGUCACUGCCAGCAAACAGAAUGCGGCGCUUGUCCCGUCUACGUGGCUGCGUGGCCCAGAGGUGCUCGUGGACGUUACUGGCCUUUAUGCUGGCCUGCGCACUCAAGAGUGUGCGGGUGUGAGCCCCCGGGCGGGUACAAAGCCCUGUCAGUCGAAUAAUUGGGUUUUAUAUGAGCAAGAAGGAGUUUUCAUUCAUUCAUCCUGCGGCAAAAAUGAUGACCAGGACAGCUUAAUAUCAGGAGUAUUACGUGUCAUAGAAAAGGAAAAUGAAGUAAUAGUAGACUGGAGACCACUGGAUGAUACUUUGGAUACUUCUAAUAUCCUCUGUGCUGGAAAGGAUUCCAGUUCUGUUGUGGAGUGGACUCAAACUCCUAAAGAAAAAUGUUCCCGAGGAGCAGACCGUCCAAGCAGUUAUGAAGCAGAAUGGGACAUGGUCACCACAGUCUCCUUUAAAAAGAAACCUCAUUCAAAUGGAGAUGCUACAACUCAUGCAAAUGGAGAAAGCAAGUGGUCGUUCCUGUUCAGUUUGACAGAUCUGAAAUCAAUCAAACAAAACAAAGAAGGCAUGGGAUGGUCUUAUUUGGUGUUCUGUCUGAAGGAUGACGUGAAGCUUCCAGCUCUUCACUUUCAUCAUGGAGAUAGCAAACUAUUGAUUAAAUGCCUUGAAAAGCAUGUUGUGCUAAAUGAAUCUCCACAGGAUAAACGGAUUCUUCUUGUGAAUUCUCAGAACAAGUCUCUGUCCCAAUCUUUUGAAAAUCUCUUUGAUGAACCAUCAUAUGGCUUAUUACAAAAAUUGAAGAAAGAUCCAUACACAGUAACAAUGGGGAGAUUUUCCAAAGUCACAAACUACAUUUUUGACAGUUUCCGUUUAAGUGACCCUUCAAGUCAAAGGCGACCACCAUCGGAAAUGGCAGACUUUCUCAAUGAUGCUAUUCCAGGGCUGAAGAUAAACCAGCAGGAAGAACCAGGAUUUGAAGUCAUUACACGAAUUGAUCUAGGAAAACAGCCUGAAGUUAGUAGAAGAGAGCCUGUGUCAGCUGAAGAAUGGGCUAAGAAUAUGGAUUCUGAAGGAAGAAUUUUAAAUGUCGACUACAUAAAGCAAUUGAUAUUCAAAGGGGGUCUCUGCCAUACUUUAAGAAAAGAGGCAUGGAAAUUUCUUUUGGGGUAUUUUCCUUGGAAUAGCACUAAAGAAGAAAGAGCAAAUCUACAAAGAAGGAAAACGGAUGAAUAUUUCAGGAUGAAACUGCAGUGGAAAUCUGUCAGUGAGGAACAGGAAAAACGAAACUCAAGAUUAAGAGAUUACCGGAGUCUUAUAGAAAAAGAUGUAAACAGGACAGAUAGAACAAAUAAAUUCUACGAAGGUGAAGAUAACCCAGGAUUGAUUUUACUUCAUGAUAUUUUGAUGACCUAUUGCAUGUAUGACUUUGACUUAGGUUAUGUCCAAGGAAUGAGUGACUUGCUUUCACCUCUCUUGUAUGUUAUGGAGAAUGAAGUAGAUGCCUUUUGGUGCUUUGUAUCAUACAUGGAUCAAAUGCAUCAGAAUUUUGAAGAACAGAUGCAGGGUAUGAAGACACAACUAAUUCAGCUGAGUACUUUGCUUCGUUUACUAGACAGUGGAUUUUGCAGUUAUUUAGAAUCUCAAGACUCAGGCUACCUUUAUUUUUGCUUCCGAUGGCUUCUUAUCAGAUUUAAAAGGGAAUUUAGCUUUCAAGAUAUUCUUCGACUCUGGGAGGUCAUGUGGACAGAAUUGCCUUGCCAGAAUUUUCAUCUUCUCCUUUGCUGUGCUAUCUUAGAAUCUGAGAAACAACAAAUAAUGGACAAACACUAUGGCUUUAAUGAAAUAUUAAAGCAUAUCAAUGAACUGUCUAUGAAAAUUGAUGUGGAAUAUAUACUCUGCAAAGCAGAAGCAAUUUCUAUGCAGAUGAUGAAUUGCAAGGAAUUGCCUCAAGCAGUUAGUGAGAUCCUGGGGAUAGAAAGCAGUUCUGUAACACCAGAUUCAGAUACUGGAGAGGAUGAAAGUGGAGCUGUGUUGAGUUGUCCUACGUCAUUAUACCAGAGUAUCUCAACACCUGUAACUGCUGCCAAUGGAACGAGAGACAGCACUCAACAGAUGUCUGAAACGCAGAGCUUGACACCUGCGUAAUUACAGUCAGUUAAAUUGAAGAAAGACUUUUACUGAGCACGUUUUUUUCAAGCACUUGAGAGAUGGAUAUUUAAAUUCGGUGUUGAUUAAGCUUUAAGGUUGGAAAGAAAAUCUGUACUGUAAUGCUCUUGCAUUAAAGCUUUACAACAUGA